AAGCCACGGUGCCCGGGGCCGGGGUGCGCCCCUCUGCUGGCAGCCCUAGCGCCGGGCUCCCAACCCCGGAGUUGCCCAAGACACUGGGAGACUCCUCCCCGGGGACCUUCCCCCUCUGGGGCGCGUCAUUCUCCCCACCCCUGGGUCCGGACCCUGGCGGCUUGUCGCGAGCCCGCAACGCCAGGGACAAGUCGCGGGCACCUGCUCCGGAGCCCGGGAGCCCGGGGCGUCGGUGUGCCCAGGGCCCCAUGGAGCUGCCGGCCAGCAACGCCAGCUGCGAGAACGGCUCCCUGAUCAGCAUCUACUGCUCCUCCCAACCAGUCCUGUGCCAGAUCGUCGGAGACCUCAGUUCCGAGGCGCCCGGCAAUGCCACCUUCAUCAGCUGGCAGGAAAGGGUCAGGAAGUACUAUGGCUUCUACAUCGGCCUGGGCUUGGCCUUCUUGUCCUGCUUCCUCAUCGGCAGCAGCGUUAUCCUCAAGAAGAAAGGCCUCUUGCGACUGGUGGCCACGGGGGCCACUCGGGCUGUGGACGGAGGUUACGGCUACCUGAAGGAUGCCAUGUGGUGGGCUGGAUUUCUCACCAUGGCUGCUGGAGAAAUUGCCAACUUUGGGGCCUACGCAUUUGCUCCUGCAACAGUCGUCACGCCUCUGGGAGCGCUGAGCGUCCUCAUAAGUGCCAUCCUCUCCUCUUAUUUCCUGGGAGAGAGUCUGAAUUUGCUUGGAAAGCUGGGCUGUGUGAUCUGUGUGACUGGCAGCACAGUGAUGGUGAUACAUGCCCCCGAGGAAGAAAAGGUGACUACAGUCGUUGAGAUGGCAUCCAAGAUGAAAGACACAGGGUACAUCGUGUUCGCUGUGCUGCUGCUGGUGUUCUGCCUCAUCCUCAUCUUCGUCCUCGCCCCUCGUUAUGGGCAAAGGAAUAUCCUUAUUUACAUCAUCAUCUGCUCCGUCAUCGGGGCCUUCUCCGUGACGGCCGUCAAGGGGCUGGGCAUCACCAUUAGGAACUUCUUCCAGGGGAUGCCGGUGGUGCGGCACCCCCUCCCCUACGUCCUGUCCCUCAUCCUGGCACUGUCACUCAGCACGCAGGUCAACUUCCUCAACAGGGCCCUGGACAUCUUCAACGCCUCCCUGGUGUUCCCCAUCUACUACGUGACCUUCACCACAGUGGUGGUGACCUCCUCCAUCAUUCUCUUCAAGGAGUGGCACAGCAUGUCGGGAGUGGACAUUGUGGGCACGCUCGCUGGCUUUGUCACCAUCAUCCUGGGUGUCUUCAUGCUUCAUGCUUUCAAAGACCUGGACAUCAGCGGGGCCAGCUUGCCCCGCAUGCACAAAAACCCACCCCCACCUCCCAACCCGGAGCCCACUGUCAUCAGACUGGAAGACAAGAACGACCUGGUGAACAAUAUGGAACGCUCCAGCACCCCAUCGCCAGAAGAAAAGCCCAAAGUAUUUAUAAUCCGUUCUUAAAGAGUACGGAGUGAGAGGGCGAGCCUAUGGAACAGUCUGAGUUUUCAAUUUCAGAAUCAUCCGGUUAUUUUCAUUUUCAGCACUGUUACCAAUGGGCUCCCUUCCCUUGAGAUUUUCGUUUAUACCUCAUCACUGUUUCCAGGAGAAAUAUCCCUACCCAGUGAGUGGUGGUGCCAGAACUUCCUAGAAACAGAGCCUCAGUGACCAAAUAGCCUACUUUACAUUGGUGCCAGCGGGUCCCCUGGACCUUCCUUCCCACUCGGUGCCGUCCCUGGCUGCAUACAUUGUUGGGAAAAACAUAGAAUUUGACCUGUUGAAUGUAGCAGAAUCCAAGAACCUCCCUGAGAUAUUGGUUGUCAGGAAAUCCUUAGCACCACUUCUCAUCCUGAGUUCAAACUGCUGUAUCUCGGCCUAAAAAGAAGGGGCAGCGGGUCCUAGAGGCCAGAGAGAGCGUCGGCAUGCUUCUCUACCCAGAGCCAGCAGAGAUGCAACUAAUGUCAAAUUCCAUGUUGCUUUUGCCAUGUCCCCUUUGGAGACACAAGCAAGACCUCAGCUGCCCUUCUUACUGUGAAAGCAUCAGAUGUCUCAGGGAAAAAUUUCAACCAGCCCAUUCCCCAAGAAGUCCAGCCUGGGGGUCAGCAUCGUUUCCAUCACCCCAUCCCCAUCUCCUCUCACUCUCUCGUUCUCUCUCUCCCUCUCUCCAUCCUAAGGAGUCAGUCGCUGACACAUUCAGGCAGUGAUCUUAGGACUCAGAGUAAAACAACAACAAAAGAUGCUUCACGGCCAAUUCUGUUGACUACAGUGCUUCGUUGUGCCUUAGUCUGGAGAAAGAACAGCAGCUGCUCUGUUCUUAAAAAUGGUCUGGCUGUCAAGCUAGAAUUCAGCAGAAAGCAUUCUCCUUUUCUUCAAGGAGUAUUCCAAAUAUGAUUUGGCGAUGUGGGGAAAAGUGUGAGGAGCAAACUCAGGAUUUGGCCAAAAGUAGUCAGAGGCUCUCUGGAAACCAGGGGCUAACAUUUGUGUUUACACUGGUGCCAACCAAGAACCCUAGUCGAAAAGGGCUCUGGGGUAAUUUCUGGCCUGCAACCUCAGUCUUGACUAGUGGAGUUGGCCUUGAGCCUCAGUGACCAAGUGGGAGCACAGACUCAGCAUGGGGUGCAUUCUGGCUGUUAAAACCAGAUUGCCACCAAGUCCCCAAGUCCCCGAGCUGCCCGCACUGGGAGGCAGGGGGUUGUGGCUGCUCCACUCCACCUGCUGGAGGGGCGGCCGUUGGUCCCCUCCCAUUUGGCUAGAAGCAUCCAAAAAGAGCAGCUGGAGAGAAAGAUAAUUGCUCUCUUCCCUUCCUGCCUUCUUUCUAGCUGAAAGAAUGUAGAGGGUGGGGCAGGCACCAUUGGAGAGGGCAGCCAGGAAGGCAGCACAUCUGUAAAAAAGGCAGACUUGGCCCUCAGCCCUCAGCCCUCCCUGUGGAAAUGGCAGCUCCAUUCCUGUGUUUAUGUCCCGUGUCCUAAGCACAGCCAAGCCCAGGCCAAACUCUGGCUGACUGUGGAGCUCCCAAGGCCCAGCUGACCAACAGGCAGGCUCCAGCCUCAACCCCCAGUUUUUAAUGAAUGUGGGUUUCUGUCUGUAAAUAAGAUCAAUGCAACAUGUUGGAUCUUGAGAAUGGAAGGAACCUGAGGGACCUGACAGUAUGGUCUGCAGGGUCAAGAAUAAAGACUUCAGAGUGUGUUUCCUUCAUACAUGUUUCUCGGCCUUCCUUGGACACAGAGUAAUUAUAUUGUUUCCUCUGGUGCUGGGGGCUGGUCCCUGAUCUCAGAGUGGCUGCCAAGGAAGCCCCUAUGUUUUCCAUGAGCCACUCCUGCACUAGAGU